GGCAAGCAGUACCCUACCGCUUGGACGGUGCUGCAGCCGCGAUCACAGCUCACCCAAGUGAUUGUAGCUGUGGGAACGACAUUUUACUCGGGAUGCCAAGGUGAACAGCUGAGCACAGUGGAAACACCGUUUGCGGAAUCUGAUGGGCAAUAUGCCCGAAUGGCAGUGAGUGCAGAUCACUCCAUGAUCGCACUGUAUCAUUCCUCUAGAAUCAUUCAAGUUGUAACAGUGGAUUUAUCGCGACAGAUAUCUCGUAUCAGUGUUCCGGCUGAAGAGUCAAUUUUCCGCUUCGGUUGGGUUGGACAGGACGCGCUUUUCCUUCAGCGAACUCCUCUUUUUGUCCAAUUCUUCAGUGUUCUUGACGAAAAUGCUCAUUACGAUUUGCAAACGAAGUUCACGGAAAUUAGUGUGGAGUCAGACGGAAUCAAGCUCUACACAAGCAGGCAUGAGUUUGUCAGCAUUUCACGGGAUGAACGUGCCGUGCUGGGAGUAGCCUCGGCUUCGGAUGGCGCCUUGCUUUACGAAUCGGCGCAAUGGCUCAACACUAACAAAAGCCAUCAGUCUUAUGAGUAUGCAAUGCAGAUUCGUGAUCUCUCAUUGGCUAUUGAGCAGUGUAUUUCCACGGCUUCUUCAGUUUGGUCUCCAGAACUACAGAAAACCUUAUUAAAGGCGGCUCAUUUCGGUAUGGCUUUUUCUAAUGGCUACGACUCGAACCGGUUUGCUCGGUUCCUUCGGGAGCUCAGAGUACUCAAUGAAGUCCAUCGUCGACGGAUAGGCAUGCCAAUCACGUAUUCGCAGUUUCAAGAGCUGGGAGAGUCUUGUCUAAUCAAUCGUCUAAUCGAUAUUGGUGCAUAUGGCUUGGCAGCCGAAAUAUGUUCAUGGCUCAAAAGAGACCAGCAAGAAGGAAUUGACCGCGUCUUGCUUGAAUGGGUACGACGGACAAUCAAUAAAGCGGCAUCCUCAUCGAAUCCAUCUGAAUUGAAUAUGCAGGCGCUGGAUGAGAAAAUUGCCAAGAAACUGAUGAGUUACCCUCAUGUUUCGCUAGCCGAUGCAGCAAAGCGAGCAAUUGAUGCAAAACUACCCAAAUUGGCGCGUUUGCUGAUCAAGAGAGAGAAGGACGACUCGAAGCAGGUCCAAGUGUUGCUGCAGCUAGGCGACGUUCAAGAGGCUCUGACUCGUGCAGCGGCUGCACAGCGCCCACAGUUGAUGCACCAGGUCGUGCGCCAUCUAAUGAAAGGACAGAAGCGGGCUGAGUACGAGCUGGCCAUUCGUAAAAUACCUCUCGCACAAUGCUUGUAUCAAGACUUGAUACGUGAUGAAAGCGAACGAGGUUCGAGCAAAAUGAUGCUCGCGCUACUUGAACAGGCUAGCGACUUUGAGCGUCAAACUAUGUUCCAUCUUGACGCUCUGGAAAACGAGAUUAAUAGUUUGGCUUUGGACAAUCGAAGGUUUAGCAAAAAUGGGUAA